UCCCACCGAACAAGAAAAGUAAAACUAAACAUGGCGACUCCCAUGCACAGAAUAAUAGCCAGGCGACAAGCGGAGGCAAACAAACAACACGUGCGUUGUCAGAAGUGUUUGGAAAUGGGACACUGGACGUACGAAUGCACCGGGAAGCGUAAAUAUGUGCACAGACCCUCGAGGACAGUUGAGAUGAAGAAAAUGCUGAAGGAAGCUGAGAAUCAACAGAGGAACAUCACUGGACCAGGACAACAAGGCUCCAGCGAGAAGAAAACUAAGAAGGGUAAAGACUCAAGCGGGAGCAGCAGUGAUUCAGGCAGCUCGUCCAGUGACUCAUCCUCAGACAGCAGCGACUCCUCCAGCUCGUCUUUGGACGAUGACAGCAGCAGCAGCGACGACGACAGCUCGUCCACUUCUUCCUCCUCCUCGUCAUUGUCAUCCUCAGACAGCUCAGGCUCCGGAAGCAGCAGCGAUUCAGAUCAGGGACCUCCGAAGAAGAAGAAGAAGAAGAAAUGAGCAUGAGACGGCUGUUAUAGUGUGUUAUUUUUUUUAUUUCCCCCCCCCCCCAGCAGUUUACAUUCCUACAUUUAGUCAGUGCUGCUGAGAUGAAAAACUGCUUGUACAGUUUUGUUAGAAAUUUAGAAAAAAGCUGAUUUUGAAUUAUAACAAUGUCUUGUUUGUUCCUGCUUGGGCAGCUUUGAGAUAUUUGAGGUGUAUAAUUAUUAUUGUUAUUAUUUUUGUAUUCCGUCUUAAGUCAAUUUUAGGCAAACUUCAUCUGUAUAGCUCAAAACCUUGCCACCAUGAUAUAGAAAAUUUGUUAAUAUGCAAGCUGUUAAAGGAUACUGAAUAAAAUUAAUU